AUGAACGCGAGCAAGUGGUCCGCGCGUUUGGAAAGGUUUCUGUGGAGCUUCCUGCUGGCAUGCGGUUCAUUUGCGUUACAGUUUGAUCCCGCAUUUCCAGAACGAUUCUUAAAAAGUCGUAAACAUGUGUUGUACUGUAUUGCUAUGACACUGGCCUUUGCUGUUGGUACCCCGUCCGUGAUGGUUUGGAUAUAUCUGUACGGAUAUAUAGGCUUUUUCCCAACGGAAACCAUUAUGGUUGCAGUUCAGCUGUGUUGCAUUUAUCUCUUCAUGAUCGUUGUGAAUGUGAAGCUGCUGCUCAAUGUUGACAGUCUGCGCAGCUCGCUGAAUGAGUUGUUUGCAUUGCGUAACACUAUACGGCGAAAAUGGGUCUGCAAUAGUGGCCCAGCCAGGGAGUACACUCAAUUGCUGAUCUUCAAAAUAGUAGUUGUAGAUGUUGUACUGCUGGUGUUUUCGUUGGUGACCUUUUACAUGACACUGGAUCAUCGUCCCAGCAAGGCACAUGUGGUGGUAGGUGCGUGCUUUUCCGUGUUUCGAUACAUUAUCACUGCGUUCUCGAAUUUAUAUCUGGUGGGAUUGAUGAUCGCUAUCCUCAUCCAAGAAUUAAUUAACACGAAACUGACCAGCUUCACCAAGCAGUGUGACGAACAGUUUGAUUCAACACUGUACGAUCUGUAUAUGAUGCAUUGCAAGACAGCCGAGGUAGAAAAGCAAUUUAUGAGCAUCAUGAAUCUUCCGGUAUUACUGCUCAAUUGUUGGUACUUUUUAAUGAUUGUAACGUCGGUAUACUACAUGUACACUUCUACGAUGUUGGAGAUAAAAGUGCAAGAUCUGGGCGUGGAGGACAUUGUGAAAUAUUUGAACGCUUUGACGUUUUUCCUGUAUCUGUGUCUCCAGCUGUACUGCAUAGUUGCAAUACCUGCGCAGUACACUGAACGAUCGAAGAAAAUGUGCUCCAUUCUGAACACCAUCAACCGGCAAUGCCAAAGUCAAAGAAUGGAACGAUUGCUGGAACUAAUUAUGCUAGAUUGUAUGCGGCGGAACUACAGCGUUACAAAUUAUGGACUGUAUGAGAUGGAUCGAACACUAUUGUUUGGGAUAAUAGCCACGAUGACGAGUUACGUGAUCAUACUGGUACAAUUCCACAUUCAAGAAUAUGGAUAAGAACUUCAAGAUGCGGAGAAAAGGAAAAAAUUUUUUGGUGACAAAAACAUUGUUUAACGAAACCCCUCACGAUCCAAGCGCACGAACAAAAGAAUAAAGCAAGAAAUUGUCAUCGUUUACACCAACAGU